AUGGCUAGGUCAGCGCUGUUGUUGAUCGCGCUCGCAUGCGUCGUGCUUUUGCCGGCCUUGUGCUUGGCCGAGAAGGUCGUGCCCUCCACUGAGCACCACCGUGUAGUCAGCCCCGAAUUCGGCCCCGAAAACGUCACCCAGCACAGCGGUUACAUCACGAUUAACGGCACCUACGCGAACGGCACCCACCUGUUCUUCUGGAUGUUUGAGUCGCGCUCGAAGCCGUCCACCGAUCCGCUGAUCGUCUGGCUCACUGGAGGCCCCGGCUGCUCUUCGCUGCUCGCUCUGUUCACCGAAAACGGUCCCUUCUCCGUGGAGCAAAACCUCUCGCUGAAGCGCAACCCCUACAGCUGGAACUCGUUCGCCAACCUCCUGUACAUCGACCAGCCCGUCGGCACCGGUUUCUCCUACGCCGACAGCGCGCUCGACUACGAGACCACGGAGGAGGUCAUUGCUCAGGACCUCUACGUGUUCAUGCAGAACUUCUUCCUCAUGUACCCGCAGUACAACAAGCUCCCGUUCUACAUCAUGGGCGAGUCGUAUGCCGGCCACUACGUUCCCGCGUUUGCCUACCGCACGCUCGUGGGCAACCAGAACCGCGACGGUCCUUUCCACAUCAACCUGAACGGCAUCGGUAUCGGCAACGGCUGGGUCGACCCCUACAUCCAAUACGCCGCCUACCCCGAGUUUGCGUACAAGUACAAGCUGAUCGGCGAGGCUGAGUACGUCAUUGCCAAGGGUUCGGCUUCGAUCUGCCAGGAACUCAUUUCGCUCGGAGGUGCGUUUGGCUUCGCGUUUGAGCAGUGCCAGCUCACCAUGACGGGCAUCAUGGCCGCCAUGAGCAUCAACCUGGGCUAUGCCGUGAACCCUUACAACUGGAAGGUGCCCUGCGCCGUUGAGCCGCUGUGCUACAGCUUCGACCAAGUGACUCAGCUCCUGAACCAACCGUCGGUCAAGCAGGCCAUCGGCGCCAGGCCCGACGUUCAGUGGGAAGACUGUGCCGCCACGCCUCACAUCGCCCUUCUUGGCGACUGGAUCAGCAACCUGGACGUUCACAUUCCCAACCUGCUGGCCAACAAGAUCCGCGUGCUGGUCUACUCUGGCAUGCUGGACUUCAUUUGCAACUAUGUCGGCGGUGACAUGUGGACGAGCGACCUGACCUGGCCCGGCAAGACGGCCUUCAACGAGUCGCCCUUCAAAAACUGGACCGUGCAGGGUCGUGUCGCUGGCUACGCCAAGGCGGCCCAGGGCCUCACCUUCCUCGAGGUUGCCAAUGCUGGCCAUCUCGCUCCCAUGGACCAACCUGUCAACACCCUGGACAUGGUCUACCGCCUCCUCACCAACUCUCCCUUCGACUAA